GGUACAGUGAGUGGUACAGUGAGAGGGCAGUGCGGGGUACGUUGACUACAGUGAGGGUACAGUGAGUACAGUUCCCGGUACAGUGCGCGGGACAGUGCGUGGUACAGUACGCUGUACAGUACGCGGUACAGUGCGCGUGAACCGGGGCUCCCCCCGCCUCUCUUCCCUCUAGGUCACCUCGGCCUCAAACGAGGACCUGGCGCGGGCAUCCGCGUCGACUGCCUCUACGGCUUGUGCCGUGGUUGAUGCGAUUUAGGACGGAUCUGUGAGCGGCUUCGUGGAAGAUCAACCCCCAAGGCGCGGAUUCUCCGGCUGUUGGCUCUUCGAGACGGGCCGUACCCCCAACCAUGAGCGCAGCAGCAGCAGCAGGAGCAGCAGCAGGAGCAGCAGCAGGAGCAGCAGCAGCAGCAGGAGUCUCCGAGAGCGGCUCGGACCAGAGCGGAGCGGCGAGCCCGGGCGGUGGAGUGCAUCCCGCGUCCACGGACGACGCAACGCACGAAAGUCCGGGGAGCGCGAGCGAAGGGGACGUGACAGUCGGAGGAGGAGGAGGGGAGGAGGACGACGAGGAGGAGGAGGAGGUGGACGCCGCAAAGGACGAGGUGCCCAGGCUGCGACGGUGCUCGUACGAGGGCUGCGCCGAAACGACGGCUCGCUCCGCGCGGCAGGCCGGGCAGCUCACCGCCACCGGCAGCCACCACCACCACGCGGCGUGGAUGUGUAAGAAGCACAAGAACAAGGCGUACAAGGCCAAGUUCAAGACCAAGAAGAAUUUCUCGGCUGGCGGAGCGAGCGGCGGCGCCGCCAAGGACAAGAAGGACCUGGCGACAGCUCAGCAGCGACGGGGCACCCCCAUCAAGGAGCCGCCCGUUGGACGCAAGGCGACGCUGCUCGAGUGCGUGCUCAACCAGAAACGGCAGGCUCUGCUGCGCAGUCCCGCGGUCAUGCAGACGUUGCGGGAGCACCAGCAGAAGUGCCUGCAGACCUUCGCCACCGACAUGGAUCCGCAGCCGUGACGGACGCUCACCGUUUGCGUCAUUCGCUGGCAGCGGGCGGCAGGCACGUACGCAUGUUGUACGCGUGUUGUACGUAUGUUGUAUGUAGUGGGGAGCAUCAGCGUAGGCGGUUGGCGCGCCGCGCUCCGAGUCCCGCUCACGGCCACCAACGCCGGUGACGAUUAUUCUGAACCGCUCCUGGGCCUCCCCUAGGUCGACUCGGCCUCAGAUGAGUACCCGGUGCGGUGUGUAGUAAACAUCGCCACUGGGGAGACAAAGGCGGUCGGGCGUGGUGCUGGCCUCCCACUCUCUCGUGUGCCGUGCCAGCCUUCAUAGGUGCUACUCGCUAACAGCACUUGCCCCUACAGUCUGUUAAGGGCAGAGGUCGCAACCGGGUACCCUAUACCCGUACCCUACCCGAUACCCGGCUACCCGUACCCAGCCGGGUACAGGUACCCGUUUGCGACCCUGGUGCGGCCGGGUACGGGUACGGGUAGGCCGUGAGUCACUGGUGAGUCACCGUUUGUCACUCAUUUCCCAACGUCUUGUCUCUUCUCACAAUUGAAGUUCCUAGAAUCAACCCACCCGCGCCUGCAACAUGGCUUCAUCCCAGAGGUCGCAAUCGGGUACCAGAUACCCGUACCCUACCCGUACCCGGCCAGGUACGGGUAGCUGGGUAUCGGGUAGAGUACGGGUAGCCGUUUGCGACCCUGGUGCGGCCGGGUACGGGUAAGGAAUCAAAACCCGUUUGCGACCUCUGGUUAAGGGGGGUUUUUGGAUGGUAUAUAUGUUGGACUUCUUGCGCACCGUACUUAGCUAACCGCGCUAAUCGGAGGUACGGGGGAAAGACAAUGAACUAAACAACAACAACAACAAGCAGUUCUAAAUAAAUUAGUUUCCGGUGGCUUCCUCAUAUCGGAAGGAAGGGCGUUCCAGACGGCCGCAAAAGCGCAUCUGAAAGCACCGCGCGGUGCCGUGGCCGCCGCCUUUUGUUCAAUGGCUGAAACAAAAUCUUCGGUGACGUCCGGAGUUCGCGUUGGCGGUUUAUGUUCCUUGACGAGAUCGGCAAGGAAGCGUGGUUCAUUCGUGGCGAGCGCGGUGCACAUCAUGGCCUGCGUCACCGCGUGUCGUGGCUCGUUUAGGGUCGGCCGUUGUUUUAAAGCAACUUCAGAAUGAGAAUCUUCACGUUCGCACUGGAGGAAUCCGAUGAGCUGUGAAGAUAUUUCCUUAUAGAUGUCCAGUGGUUUACGGAUGUCCACUGGAUGUCCACUCUAACAGAGUUGAUUGGUGUGGAUCAAUCAACUUCAAGGACAGUGCAUAUCAUUACCAUUAUCAGAGUUGUUUCUUUUUGUUUGCAUUUUGACUGCUUGUGUUGCGGUUAUUGCAAACAUGAUGCCUUGUAUAAAGGUGUCAGUUUUGUACCAGUUGAAAUGGUCAAAACCUAUCACUAUAUUUUGCUACUGGUAAAGAAGGUGUCUCAUAGUGUCAAUGUGGAGGUGCUCCGCGCACCUCCAACUAGCACGGUGAGUUGCGUACGGUGCUAAAGAAGUUGAACGCGCACACACACACACAUUGUCUUCAUCUUCUUGGUUCUUUCGGUAAAGUCACGUAGAAUGGAAAUAAUAAAAUAAUAAACAUAAAACAAUAAAAUAAUUCUCACGACGUUUCGGCCACAACGCAAGCAGCCGUCCUCAGGUGAAGAACAGGUUUGUCGGAAAGACAUCGUCUGAAUGAGACGUUGUCUUUCCGACAGACCUGUUCUUCUAAAAAUAAAAACUCUUACUCAAGAAAAACUGAAACGAAUAAUAAAAUAAAACCGAUGCCACGCAUUUUUACGGGUUAAUUUCUUAAAGACGUCGUUACUCACCGCAGAGAACUCCGGCGAUGCGACCGCCGGCGCUGUACCGUGCCGCACGGCCUCGCUGGUGACGUACACGCUUGCAUCAUCGGAAUGGUCGAGGGUGAAUGGUCUUCUCAGGAGAGAGGCGGGGGGGUUGAUGCCCCAGUCUGUCGACCAGACACUCAGAAAUGGUGCAUCAGUGAGAGUUACCUUCUUUUUAGGUGUAUGUCGUACAUGUUUUAAGCGGUUGUGAGAGAUUGUGCUUUGUCCAGGUUGAUUGAUGUUAAAACGAAACAAACAUCAUAAGUUGCGUCUCUUCUCUGUGAUGUACGCGUUCUGGGUUCCUGAAUAAAAAAGAUUUUUGUUGAACGUUU